AUGGAAGAUAGUGUUGGCAAUAACAGCAUGAUUGCCAACAAUGUGGCACAAGCUAUACACACCGCCCUUGAUUGGGCCUCCACCCCCGACGCUCGUCAAAACGCCGUCGCUUUUCUCGAUUCCGUAAACUCUUUCUUUCCCUUCCUCGUUCGUUUUCUCCGUUUCAUCAAGACAGGUGAUGUAAGGGUAUUAGCAAACACAUCAUUCCUUUUGGUGAAAAAGAACUGGUCGUCUGAAAUUCGGUUACAUGCCUAUAAAAUGCUACAGCAUUUGGUGCGGUUCCGCUGGGAGGAAUUAAGCCCUGCAGAGCACAAGAACUUUGCAAAUCUUUCUAUUGAUUUGAUGUCAGAGAUUGCAGAUCCUUGCGAAAAUUGGGCUCUCAAAAGCCAGACAGCUGCCCUUGUUGCUGAGGUUGUUAGAAGAGAGGGUCUUGGUUUAUGGCAAGAAAUGCUUCCAUCUUUGAUUUCUUUAUCCAGCAAGGGUCCAAUAGAAGCUGAGUUGGUUGCAAUGAUGCUGCGGUGGCUUCCUGAAGACAUUACUGUUCACAAUGAAGAUUUAGAAGGUUGUCGGCGAAGGUUACUUCUGCGGGGGCUAACUGAAUCGUUGGGUGAAAUUUUGCCACUAUUAUACACUUUACUAGAAAGGAACUUUACAGCUGCAUUGAAUGAAGCUAGUCGAAAACAGAUGGAUGUCGCCAAACAGCAUGCUGCCACUGUAACAGCUACUCUAAAUGCAGUGAAUGCAUAUGCUGAGUGGGCGCCAUUGUCAGAUUUAGCUGAGCAUGGCAUCAUUCAUGGUUGUGGUGUACUAUUAUCUGCUCCAGAUUUUCGUCUUCAUGCUUCAGAGUUUUUCAAACUUGUCUCUCCAAGGAGGAGGCCUACUGAAACAUAUGUUCCUACAUUUGACCAAGCUAUGAGUAACAUCUUUCAAACAUUGAUGAAUGUAUCUAGAGAAUUUUUGUAUAGAUCUGGUUCAAGUCCUGGGUCCUUAGAUGAGGGAGAAUACGAAUUUGCUGAAUAUAUAUGUGAGAGUAUGGUGUCACUGGGUUCUUAUAACUUGCAAAGUAUUGCUGGUGAUAGCACCAUACUUCCACUUUACCUGGAACAGCCGGGUGGCCCUGCUCCUCUUUUGUCUAUUGUUGUUGUGUCUAUCCACCAUGUUGUAGUCUUGCUCCUGCCAAAAUCUACAGACUUGUACUUCAUUGUUGCACAUCAUGUGCCUCUAUAUUCUGUUCACAUUCUUUGGGUUUGCGAUUCAUUUUCAAUCCAUGCACUUCUGGCUGGUAUGUCAGCAUACUGCACAAAAGUUCUAAUGAGGGAUUUGAUGUCAAAGCCAAAAAUUUCCACACAUUCAGCUGCUGACAGUUCGGCUGUUAGUAGCACAGGUUCGGGAGAGGUUGAAAAUGUGAAGAAAAAGACUCUAAGCUUUGUGAGUGAUGAUUUUUGUGGUGCAAUUUUGGAUACAUCUUUUCCUCGAAUGCUAAAAAGAGAAAAAAUUCUGCAUGAGACUGCUAUUUCUUUAGGGGUAUUGGAGUUGUGGAGCGAAGAUUUUGAGUGCAAGGGAACAUUCAGCCUGUAUCGUUCUAGAUUGUUGGAAUUAAUUAGGUUUAUUUCUUCUUACAAAACCCUGAUGGCUGCUACUAAAGUAUCUGAAAAAAUUGAUACAAUCAUUAAAGGUUUCUUGCUUUCUCCAGCACCAACUCAGGACUUAGCUGUGAUGGAAAGCAUGCAGUUGGCUUUAGAGAGUGUUGUAAAUGCUGUUUUUGAUGGAUCCAAUGAUUUCGCCAAGGCAACUGCUGAAGUCCAGUUUACAUUACGUAGAACAUUUGAAGGUUUACUUCAAUUAUUAAUUUCCUUAAAAUGGACUGAGCCUGCACUUGUUGAAGUACUUGUUCACUAUUUGGAUGCUAUGGGCCCCUUUCUGAAGUAUUUCCCGGACGCAGAUACGUCAAUGCAUAGUGCUCGGCAUGCAAGGCUGCAGAUCUGUACAUCAUUUAUUCGGAUAGCAAAAGCUGCUGACAAAAGCAUCUUACCUCAUAUGAAGGGAGGGGCUAUGGAGGAGAAAGCUUCCGGACCUGCCUUAGCUGCGGCUUCUUUGGGCUGCCUUAAUUGCAGCAUUGAAGUGGGUGUAUAUAGUCCAAUGUCAAACUUAUGUAUAGGUUUGGGACUUGGGGCGUUAAAUUAUUUGCUUAAACUCGUUUCAUAUGUAGCUAAAGACAUGAGUGAAGUUAAGGGCAUUGCUGAUACAAUGGCAUGUUUGCAAAGGGAGGGGUGUUUGCUUCAGAGUGAGCAUAAUCUUUUAGGUGAAGCUUUUCUUGUUAUGGCUUCUUCUGCUGGAAUUCAACAGCAACAAGAAGUUUUAAAAUGGUUGCUAGAACCUUUGAGCCAUCAGUGGACACAAUCCGAGUGGCAGGAUAAAUAUUUGUCAGGUCCACAGGGUUUGGUUCAGUUGUGCUCUGAACCGCCUGUUAUGUGGUCAAUUUUUCAUACAUUGACAUUCUUUGAAAGGGCACUUAAGAGGAGUGGAUUGAAGAAAGCCAAUUGGAAUUCAGAGAACAGCUCAACACCGAAUUCAACUCCUUUAAAUCCAAUGGCCUCUCACAUAUCAUGGAUGGUGACUCCUCUCUUGAAACUACUACGUUGUAUACAUUCCCUUUGGUCUCCAUCUGUAUGUCAAGCUUUACCGGGAGAGGUCAGAGCUGCAAUGGUCAUGAUUGAUGUUGAGAGGUCCAGUCUUGGAGAAGGGAACUCUAAAUUGCCAAAGGGUUCAUUGACUGUUACAGAUGGAUCUAAGGUAGACAUUAAUAAAGAAGGAUAUGCUGAACCAAAUGAAUCAGAUAUACGAAACUGGUUUAAAGGAAUCAGAGACAGCGGAUAUAAUGUAUUGGGCUUGUCAACAACCAUUGGGGAUUCGUUUUUCAAAUAUUUGGAUGUGCACUCUGUUGUUGUUGCCCUGAUGGAGAAUAUACAGUCGAUGGAGUUCAGGCAUAUAAGACAGCUUGUUCAUUCCACUUUGAUUCCUUUGGUUAAAAAUUGUCCUUUGGACAUGUGGGAGCUUUGGCUGGAAAAGAUUCUUCAGCCAUUGUUUGUCCAUGCUCAGCAAGCUCUUAGCUGUUCAUGGUCUAGUCUUCUACAAGAUGGUAGAGCAAAGGUUCCAGAUGUUCUUAGCAUUCUUAGUGGAUCAGACUUGAAAGUGGAAGUGAUGGAGGAAACGAUUCUGAGGGAUUUCACGCGUGAGAUUUGUUCACUCCUCUCAGUCAUUGCUUCUCCUCUCCUUAAUAAUGGAGUCCCUUCUUUGGAACAGUCUGGGCAUGUUAGUCGAUCAGACACGGCUACUCUAAAAAGCUUGGACACAGUUGCGUCAUGCUCUAUGGUUGGUUUCCUUCUAAAGCAUGAAGGUCUGGCCCUUCCAACACUACGGCUAUGUUUAGAAGCUUUUACAUGGACGGAUGGUGAAUCUGUGACCAAAAUUUCUUCAUAUUGCUGUGUGUUGGUAGUUCUGGCGAUAGUAACAAAUCAUGCAGAACUCGUUGAAUAUGUUUGUAGAGAUCUUUUUACAUCCAUUAUUCAAGGUUUAACCCUUGAAUCAAAUGCAAUAACCAGUGCUGAUCUAGUUGCCAUCUGUCGUGAAAUAUUUGUAUAUCUUUGUGAUCGACACCCAGCUCCCAGGAAGGUUUUGAUGUCUCUCCCCAAUAUUACCCCUCACGAUUUAGUUGCAUUUGAGGAAUCUUUAAAGAAAACAUCCAGUCCAAAGGAACAAAAGCAGCAUAUGAAAAGCUUGCUUCAAUUAGCUACCGGUAACAAACUGAAAGCACUUGCAGCACAGAAAAGUGUAAAUAUCAUUACAAACGUUUCAUUGAGACAGCGCAGCUCAAAUGCUCCCGAGUCCAAAGUUGAUGAUGGUGAUGUGGGGUUGGCAGCCAUCAUGUGA